AUGUCGGGCGCAAAUAGCCAUGCCGGCCUCUCGUUUGGAACGAGGCGAUCAUUCCCGCCACCGCACAACCCAACCAACAAGCCAUCCCCGUCUCUCCCACAACACGCGUCGCCGUAUCCACUGCACCCGCAGUACCAGCAUCAACAACAUCAACCGCACCCGCAACACACUCAACACCAGCAACACCCGCAGCACCCGCAACACCAGCCGAGCCAGUAUCCCCAUCAUCUCUUCACCCCCUCGCCCUCGAUCCCCAACGUCGCUAGCCUCCAGAAUGCCACACGACCACCACCGCCUCAGGCGGCCCCGUCACUGCCGCGGGCUGGGCAGCGACCACCACCACCCCGGCAGAUGCAACAACAGACUCCUCCCAUGAGCUAUCUUCAGCAGUCGCUGAACCCGCAGCCCAUGGGACAACAGUCGAUGGCACCGCAGUCUCUGUCCCAGCAAUCUCUGUCCCAGCAGUCCUUGUCACAGCAGCCUCUCUCGCAGCAGCCUCUCUCGCAGCAGCCGAUGCCACAGCAGUCCAUGGCCCCGCAGAGCAUGCCUCAGCAGUCCCUGGCGUCUCAGUCCAUGACACCACAGUCUCUGACACCACAAUCUUUGACCCCACAGUCAAUGACGCCGCAGAGCCUCAACCAGCAGCCCAUGAACCCUCAGCAGCUUAGCCAGCCCUCGCUGGGACAGCCAUCAUUGGGGCAGCCAUCAUUGGGGCAGCAGUCAUUGGGACCGCAACCGCUGGGCCAACAGCCGCUCGCAUCUCUUAGCCAGCAGCUUCAGCAGCAGCAACAGCAGCACCAACAGCAACAGCACCAACAGCAACAACAGCACCAGCAACAGCACCAGCAACAGCACCAACAACAGCAGCAGCAACCACAACAGCAACAACAACAACCGCCCCAAUCUAUGAGCCAAGCACCUAUGGCCCCUUCCAUGACCCAGUCCAUGAGCCAGCAGUCUCUGCCUCAGCAGCCCAUCAGCCAGGCGAUCCACCCCACCCAGCAUAGCGAGCCUUCGAUCUUAUCUCAGCAACCUUCUUCACACGCUUCGCACGCUCCGUCUCAACCUACACUCCCCCCCGCCCAGCCGCAGAGGCCCCAGGUUCAACAGGUACAGAAGCUUCCGCAGGUACAACAACAGCCUCCCCCGCCAGCUCCGGUGCAGCCUGUCCAGCAGCAGCCACCGCCUCCCAGGCGUGCUGAACCUGUUGACCCUCGUCAGCCGAGCCUUGAAGCUCACCCGGAUGAUGAUAUGGAUGCUGGCAGCCACGACGAGGAUGUUGAUGGUGAUAGCUCUAUGGAGCCCCGGGUGGUCGACAACCCGGCAUUUGUUCCUCGUCAGCCCAUGGGCGCCAUGAUGACACCGCCUCCGGAAGGCGGGAGCUUCCCGACCUUGGAUGCGGUCCACAAGUACGUGCUGAGCUACUGCACUUCGGUCGGAUACGCGGUGGUUAUUGGGCGGUCGAAGAAAACGGUUCCGGGACUGAAGAAGGUGUUAUUUGUUUGCGACCGUGCUGGGAAGCCCCCUAGCCGCGUUAGCCCGGAAAUGCGAAAGCGCAAAACCACGUCCCGCAAAUGUGACUGCCCGUUUGGUUUCUUCGCCAUUGAGCAGAGGACACAGUGGACCGUCCGGUACCGCCCUCACGAGAGCCAUCAAAAGCAUAACCAUGGGCCGAGCGAAAGCCCACUUUUGCACCCGGCAGCGAGGAAGCUGGACAGUAAGAUGGUAGCUGCCGUUAAGAAAUUGAAGGACGAUGGUGUGGGUGUCAGCCAGACUCUGGAGAUCCUGCAGAACGAGAACCCUCACGUUCCGCUUCUCCCCCGUGAUAUCUACAAUGCGCGAGCUGCUAUCAACCGUAACCCCCAGAAGGUCGCCACAGGCCUGGCGGAGGAUCGGCCCGCUAUUUACAGCAAGCCGCAUCCGUCGGCUGACGAGCGUAUCCGUGCUGACCUCCGCCGAGAGCUUGCCACGGCCCGGGAAGAUAUGGAGAAGAUGAAGAAGGACAACGAAAAAGAGAUCAGCGAGCUCAAAGCCAAGAUCCGGGAGAAGGACAAGAUCAUUGAAAAGUUUGAGCAGUUCAUCGACAUUUGUAAUCAGCGGGUCAUGGUCAGUCUCUCGAGUAAGGAAGAUAGUCGUGGGAGUGGUCCGCCUGCCCCCUAG